AUGCGCGUCGGCGACGAGGGACGUUGCGCUAUGCGUGGCUCUUGCGGGUCCAAGGAUGUGUUCGGGAAGCCUUUACCUUGCCCUUACGAUGGUCCUGCAUCUGAGAAUGAUGUAGACCGUACCCUCCUCGUCUCACUCUGCGGUGCUGAAUACGCAGAAGGGCCCACAUGUUGUACCACAGACCAACUAGAGACCCUACGCGACAACCUUGGAACAGCAGAGAAUAUUAUCUCGACAUGUCCCGCAUGUCGGAACAAUUUUCGUCACUUCUUUUGCUCGUUCACAUGCUCUCCAAACCAAGCUACCUUCCUGAACGUUACUGCAACCCAGACAUCUCGCACAGAUCAGGAGGCUGUAAAAUCUGUCGAUUUUUUUGUGACAGAACAGUUCGGCGAAGGAUUCUACGAUAGCUGCAAGAACAUCAAGGUGGGCAACAUGAAUGGCUAUGCCAUGGACCUCAUUGGAGGAGGUGCGAAGAAUUAUUCCGCAUUUCUGAAGUUCAUGGGGGACGAGAAAGCCAUGGGUAGUCCCUUCCAAAUCAAUUAUCCACCUACUUCUCCACCGGCAAUGUCACCCUUCAAUACCGUUCCUCGCAACUGCGCCGACAAUGACCUCGCCAGUCGGUGUACGUGCAUUGAUUGCCCUGACGUUUGUCAGACACUUCCAUAUAUCCCGCCACCGAAUGCAGAACCAAUAUGCCACGUUGGCGUCAUCUCAUGCCUGACGUUCGUUCUCAUCCUCUUGUAUUCACUCGCAGUUGCGUCGUUCUUCUUUGGAUACGUGCUACAAGUCACAAUCAAGAAACGCAGAGAAAAGUCGUACGAACGUGUGGCGCUCUCUGCCGACGCUGCAUCCGAACAUCUGGUCUCCCCUCGCACUCAUGCACGUACACUAGUCGGCGCCUCAUCACUCGCACCGUACGUUGACGGAGAAGACUCGACUGGAACACAGUCAGAAUCACGAAAUUUAGGUCGUGGUGCAUCACUAUUGGAUCCCAUAGAGACUGUCCAACCACGACAAUAUCGUCUCAACAAUGUGCUGCGUCGUCUCUUCUACCGUCUUGGCCUCGCCACAGCAUCAUAUCCAUGGCUCACGUUUGCACUGGUAUUCACGUUGAUAGGACUACUUAAUCUGGGUUGGAAGAAGUUCGAUAUCGAGACCGAUCCCGUUCGCUUGUGGGUUGCUCCAGAUUCCGAAAGCAAGCUGCAGAAAGAAUUUUUUGACGAGCAUUUCGGUCCUUUCUACCGUCCACAGCAGAUAUUCGUCACCUCAUCACCCAUCGCGUCGUCUUCGAUCCUUUCAACUGACUCACCCACAAAUGAUUCAAUUAUGGACAGCAAGCCUCCGGUGCUCUCCUGGGAGCAUCUGAAGUACUGGUUCAACGUUGAGGCUGAGAUCCGCGCAUUGCGCUCGUCUCCCAACGGUUAUACCCUAUCAGACGUGUGUUUCAAACCUGCUGGGCCUGAUGGCUUCUGCGUCGUGCAGUCUGUUGCUGCAUGGUUUGGAAACGAUCUGUCAAUGUACGACCCCGGCACGUGGGCCUCACAUCUCCUUACUUGCGCAAACUCACCUGUCGAAUGUCUUCCGGACUUCCAGCAGCCCUUGGGACCACAAUAUGUACUAGGUGGCCUCCCGGCCAGCAAUAGCACAGACAGAUUCUUGGAUGCAGAGGCACUUGUGGUCACCUAUGUCGUUUCAGAUUCACUCGAUCGAGAACAGCAGGAGCGAGCCAUGGAAUGGGAGCGGACACUGCGCGGGUAUCUGCAGAAUCUCGGCGAGCGCAUUCCUGAGGAGGCCGGACUAGAGAUCGCGUGGUCGACUGGUGUCUCGCUCGAAGAAGAGAUAAACAAGAGCACGAACACCGACGUGAAGAUCGUUGUGCUCUCGUACCUGGCCAUGUUCUUCUAUGUGUCAUUCACGUUGGGCAACGGUGCUGGUCUUGGCCGUGAAGACAGUAUCAUAGAUUCUCUAACACGUUGGGCCGCCAAUCUCCCCAGACUUUUCAGGAGCCCCGACAUUUCUGCAUCGACCAUUUCCAUCGACUCUCGCAACACUCCAAGCUUCUUUCCACGGCUUCCUCGCAAACUGUUCGUCGGAUCCAAAUUCACUCUUGGCUUGUUUGGCAUUGCUCUCGUCAUUCUCUCCAUCUCAUCGUCCAUUGGAUUCUUCUCCUUUGUAGGAGUGAAGGUGACGCUCAUCAUCGCGGAAGUGAUCCCUUUCCUUGUUCUUGCCGUCGGCGUCGACAACGUAUUCAUACUUGUGCACGAACUCGACCGACAGAAUCUCCUGCAUGGUCCUAAUGCUGCAACGGCGCCACCAGGCUAUGGAUACACUACACCGUUGUCGCCGACUCAGGGGCGUAGCCGCUCGCAGUUCGAUUCGCUACGUUCGCCUGAGGACUCCGUUGAUGCCGUAUCCACACCGCUGUAUCUGUCCGCUGAAGAACGUAUCGCGAGGACGUUGGCGAAGAUGGGCCCGUCCAUCCUGCUCAGCUCCGUCACCGAGACUGUAGCUUUUGCAUUGGGCGCGCUGGUGCCCAUGCCUGCUGUUCGGAAUUUUGCCCUGUAUGCAGCAGGAAGUGUGCUAUUGAACGCGAUUUUACAAGUGACUGUGUUCGUUAGUGCAUUGGUAGUUGACUUGAAGCGAGUCGAGGCUAGCCGUGUUGAUUGUUUCCCGUGCAUACGAAUGCCAGCCAGAAUUUCGUUACCUGAUGAGCCUCCGUCAGGAGGGGGUCUCGGGACUAUUGCGCGGUUCAUUCGUCGCCAUUAUGCUCCAUUCUUGCUGCGGCCUAUUGUCAAAGGCGUGGUCCUACUGACCUUCGGAGGAGUCUUCGUUGUUUCAAUCAUCUCGAUCCAACACAUACAUCUAGGAUUUGAUCAACGACUGGCCCUGCCAUCAGAGUCCUACCUCAUACCAUACUUCAACAACGUGGAUGCCUAUCUUGACAUAGGUCCCCCUGUGUAUUUUGUGGUGCACGAUGUUGAUAUUGCCCGGCGAUCAGGCCAACAGCAGCUAUGCGGACGCUUCACGACUUGCGAAGACUCGUCAAUAGCCAAUGUCCUCGAGGCAGAGCGGAAGCGGCGAGAUUCGUCAUUCAUCGCUGAACCAACUGCUUCCUGGAUAGACGACUUCAUGAAUUGGCUCGAUCCUCUCAAGGAGAGAUGCUGUCGAGUGCGUAAGAGGGACCCAGGCGUGUUCUGCAGGGACUCAGAGUCACCCAGACUGUGUCAAAUGUGUUACGCAAAUCACGAACCGGAGUGGAAUAUCACUAUGGAUGGGCUGCCUGAGGGCGAAGAAUUCAUGGACUAUCUUCGUCAAUGGCUGAAUUCACCCACAACGGAGGACUGCCCGCUUGCGGGGAAGACCUCGUUUGGAACAGCUCUGUCGCUGUCUCCGGAUGGCGACGAAGUUGUUGCCUCUCACUUCCGCACAUUCCAUACGCCCCUCAAGUCGCAGGAGGACUUGAUCAACUCCUUCGCUGCGGCCCAUCGCAUCGCUGAUGACUUGUCAAAAGAAACCGGGAUGUCGGUCUUCCCUUACUCGCUACACUACGUCUUUUUUGAUCAGUAUGCUCACAUCGUUGCCAUAACUCAACAAAUCCUGGGCCUUGGCUUGGCAGCGGUGCUGCUGGUCACUGCGCUGCUUUUGGGUUCAUGGCGAACAGGAACCAUUGUCACAGGCGUUGUUGCGCUGACGGUUACCAGCGUUAUGGGAGUGAUGGGUGUUUGGGGCAUCAUGCUGAAUGCAAUCAGUCUCGUGAACUUGGUCAUUUCACUGGGCAUUGCUGUGGAGUUCUGUGCACACGUCGCUCGUGCAUUCAUGGGUGCCGGUUCCGGACUACCAGUAGACCAUCCUGCUGGGCAGAAGGAGCGGGAUGAACGCAUGUGGACAGCGUUGGUCGAUGUUGGUCCUUCUGUCAUAUCGGGCAUCACAUUCACGAAACUGAUCGGGAUGUGUGUUCUUGCUCUGACACGCUCUAAGUUCCUAGAAAUCUACUACUUCCGGAUGUGGAUGACCCUGAUCGUCUCAGGUGCUCUCCACGGUCUUGUACUUCUCCCUGUUGUGCUCAGUUUGGCCGGAGGACCAGGGUUUCCUCUCCAGGAAGCUGACGAGGAAUGGAUGUCUCACGCAAUACGAAACGACUACGAGUACACACCAUUCCUUGCAGAUGACGAUUCUAUCACUAGCGAUUGA